AUGCAACGGCUGCUUCUGGAGCGUAUUGAGCGGUAUCGGCAGCGGCAAGCCAGGGAGCAGGGCGAGGAGGGAGAGAGGGGAGCUGGGGAGGGUGCUAUGAUGAAUGGUUUGGGAGGGAGAGGAGGAGGAGGGGUGUGGGAAAGAGAGGGAGGAGGUGAGGUGGACCGAGGGGAAGAGGAUGGGGAAGGGGAGGCUGGGAGUGGUGAUGGGGAUCAUAAGGGACAGGAGGAUGGAAUAGAAGGUAAUGAAGAUGAGGGGGAUGAUGAGGAGGAGGAUGAGGAGGAAGAGGAGGAUGAUAUUGAAGCUGAAAUUUUCGACUGGCGAGCCAAGCGCUUAUGA